UAGGAUGCUCUGUUCUUCUUGGCUCAGAAAAAUACUCUACAACUCCAAUUGUAAUAAACGUGAAUUUUCAUAGAAUUAAUAGUAAAAAAGUAGAGCAAAAUUAAGAAAUGAUUAUUUUGUGAAGAUAAAAAAUUAAAAGUAAUGAAAAGCUCAAGUAAUUGAUCUUGAAAUUGAUAGUGUGAAUAACGUACACGCGAGUCAAAGUUGUGAGGUGGAAAGUAGUGUUUAGUGAGGAAAUAAAUAACAAGUGUAAACGUAAGUGUGAGAGGCAAACAGCAUCAUAAGGGACUUGUUUCCCAGUUGAUGGACUUAUGUUGUUUGCAAACAAAGCACGAACUAUUGUCUUCCCAGAGCAUAUCCGGAAUGACCGAAGAUUGACGCGGUUUGGAACAAGUUUUCUCAGUGGUGUCAAGACACAAUAAUAAUAUCUUAAAAAAAUCAGCAGAUUUUUUUCGAUUUAACCAGCUCAAAGAGAGAAAUACAAAGAUCCCUUGAAUUAGUACUUACGACGAACUUUUGUUAGGCCAAUUAAUAAAUAUUUCUCUCUAAAUUAUCUAAGGACUGAAAUAUUAGCUCAUUUUAUAACUUAUUUUUCUAUACUAAAUUAAUUAGAAUUUUUGAACUGGACGAAUCAGCCAAGUUAUUUGUUAACCGUGAAUACAGACAAGCUUUGCCCAAAGUGGCUUUAAAUAAGAAAAAAAAAUAAAAAAUAAAUUUAUAAUGUCGAGUCUUGUAAAUCAACAGUUAUGGUGUACUUAUUUAGUGAAUAGUAUGGAACUAUUUAAACCCUCUCGAAAAGUGUCUUUAUCAUCAACAGAUAGGCAGCCUGGUUGAGCAAUCACAUUUUGCAGAUGGUUUUAUAAUAAAUAUCAAACAUCGUAUUAAAAUUCUUUCAAGACGUACAUUAUCAUGGAUAACAAUCACGAUGGUGACAAUAUCAACCUGAGCUGUGGAGAGAAUGAUAUGGGAGAUGAACUUAAAAUUGGAGCUGACGAAACAUACGACACUCGCAGUGAGGUAUCAUCUAGUUCAUCAGAUUCAGACUCUAGUCAGCCUAGCAUAAGUUCUGUAUCAACAAAAUCAUCUCGUGGUGACAAUAAACGCAAUCGAAAAGGCCCAGGGAAACGUCCUCGAUCUAGAGAUUCUAAGUCAUCGAGUCCUGACAAUAAACGAGCAAGAUCUAAAGAAAGCAAGGGUACUACGAAGAACUACGAUUAUUCAACGAAACUUAAUUAUUUAUUCAGAGAUGCAAGGUUUUUUAUUAUAAAGUCAAACAACGCAGAGAAUGUUACAUUAUCUAAGGCAAAAGGAGUUUGGAGUACUCUUCCACAAAAUGAAGCUAACCUAAACCAGGCGUACAAAGGGUCUAGAAAUGUUUUAUUGAUUUUUUCAGUGAAAGAAUCGGGAAAAUUUGCUGGCUUUGCAAGAUUAAGUACAGAGUCUAGGAGAGAUUGUCCCCCAAUAUCUUGGGUUUUACCACCAGGACUGUCAGCUAAAGCUCUUGGAGGCGUAUUCAAAGUUGAUUGGAUCUGUAGAAAAGAAUUGCCGUUUACAUCUACUCUACAUCUUUAUAAUCCUUGGAAUGAUGGGAAACAAGUGAAAAUUGGACGUGAUGGUCAAGAGAUUGAGCCAAGAGUUGCUGAAGAGCUUUGCAGAUUAUUUCCUGAAGAUGAUGGAAUUGAAAUGACACCUAUUUUACGAAAAUCUAAAGAAGCUGCUAAAAAUGUUGUAAAAGUGUCAAGACGUGUGCGUAAUGGGCGACCUGUUGGAAUUUCAAGAUUUUUACGUACAAGAGGAAGUGGAAGAGGUGGAAGAAGACUUUUUUUAACAUCAAGAUCUCGGCUUGCAUCACUUGCUAGAAGUGGAUAUGCAUCAGAUCAACGACCUGGAGAUUAUAAUCAUCGAUAUUGGUUUAGUCGAGAUUCUUCAUAUGCAAAAGGGUAUCGUUCAUCAGGCUUAGGUAUAGCUGCAACAGCUGAAGCUUAUUUAGCUGACUACAUGCGAACUAUGCAACAUCAAUUACCUCCAUUACCACCUUAUUCCAGUUCUCAUCCUUAUGAUAACUUACCUCCACCACCACCACCUCCAAGAUAUUAUGAUGGCCUACCACCACUUCCCUAUACUCCAUCAAGUUCCAGUCUUGACAAACGGAGUUAUGAACGUAGUGUUGAUGAGUUUCUUUGGAGAACCUCUAGCCGUCGAAGUCGUCAUAGUGAUCAUCGUUCUUCACGUGAUCAUCACCAUCGACAUAGAGAACGUAGAUGAAUGCAGGACAAAUCAUAAUUAUUUUGUUAAUUAGGUUAAUUUAUAAAUUGUGCUUUAGAGUAUAUUUUAUGAAAUCUUCUGAAAACUUCUGUGGUCUUUAGUUGAAUAAUGUCUAAAAAGAAUCAAUUAAUUAAUACAGAAUACAUUCUUAA